AUGCCAGAUAUACUUCAUAGUGUAAUUGAGCGAUUAUCCGUAGAGCUAUGGCAAGAAAUCUUUGAAUAUUUGAAUUUAAAUGAUUUAUGGUACUCAUUUCGUGGUUUGAAUAGUAGAAUUGAUGCCAUUAUUGAUCAAACAAGCAUACAUGUAAAUUUUAAGAAUGGAGAUGAUUAUGAUUAUUUAAAAAAAAAUAUUUUAUCGUCAAUAAAUAUUGCUAGCAUUCAAUCGUUAAAAUUACGAAGAAUUAAUGAAAUAAAACAUUUCUUCUCUAUUUAUUCACUCAGUUCAUUAACACAACUUCGUUUACUAUCAUUAACAUUAAGAUAUUCUUUUAAUGAUAAAUUUAGAUUCUGGGAUCAACUGUCAUCUUUAAAGAACCUACGCUUAUUAGAAGUUAAAUUUUGGAAUAUUGCCGGACCAAACAAUUGUAUUCAGGAAAAGGAAUAUAUUAUACGUUCAAUAUUUAAUAAAGGCUGUUGUCCGUUAUUAGAAUCUCUUAUUAUAGGCACUUGUGGUAUAGUAAAAAUAAUGGCUAUGAUUCCUCUUUUAAUGAGAACAGAUUCGACAACAAAUAUUAAACGUCUAUUCAUUGACUCGUUAACUUUUUAUGAUUUAAUGAAAUUACGUCCUGCUAUACAAAAUGUUCAAUCAUUCUGUCCCGAUUAUCAGUUAGACUACUCAACUACAAGCCCAAUGCUUCUUAAGUGUAUUCAACUGAAGGUACAAUUAUCAAGAGAUUUUAUGUUUGAACAUGUUGAAUAUCUGCUACAACAAACGCCGAAUUUAGAGGAACUGAUUUUGUCGGGUUGGUAUCAUUUACUCGAUGCGAAAAAAUGGGAAUUAUUAUUAUCAACACAAUGUCCAAAAUUGAUAAAAUUCGAAUUAAUAUGUUUGGGUGACGUUUAUGAUAAUAGUUUCAAAAAAGCAGCAGAUAAUUUUGAACAAGAAUAUAACAUAACAUUAUUUUGGCUUAAACGAAACACUAUUGUUAGAAAGGAUAGAAGUCGUUGUUCUUUUUGUUGUCGCUUUGAUGUUGUUGCUUGA